UUCCGAUAUUUAAAAAAAAAAAAAAAAUCUGUGGCGUCCACUGAAGCUAAGAUGAUCGUGCUGAAGACCUCCGACGGGGAGCUGUUCGAGGUGGAUGAGUCGGUCGCCGGCGAGUCGCAGACGAUAAAGCACAUGAUCGAGGACGGCUGCGCCGCCAACGCCAUCCCGCUCCCAAACGUCUCGUCCAAGGUGCUUUCGAAGGUGAUUGAGUACUGCCGGCGCCACGUAGAGGAGAAAGACGAGGACAAGCUGAAGGAAUUCGACGCAGAGUUCGUGAAGGUCGACAAUGGCCUGAUGCUUGAACUGAUCAAGGCUGCCAACUACUUGAACAUCGGAGGGAUGCUCGACAUCACAUGCCGAGCUGUGGCAGACAUUAUCAAGAACAAGUCGAUUGUGGAGAUUCGCACGCUUUUGAACAUAACUAACGACUUUACAGAGGAGGAGGAAGAUGCGAUUCGCAAGGAGAACGAGUGGGCUUUCGAGUGAUGACUAAUGGUGUCAUCUGGCUUGAUGUUUAUAUGUCCUUAAUGUUUCUGCAAUUUUAUACUAGAAGGGUGCCUUUGGGGAAAGUGUUGAAAGUAGGAAAUAUGGUA